AUGGCGUCUCCAGCCGUCGUGUUCAGGAACUCGAUUUUUCUCUGCGCGGUGCUGUCGGUGGCGAAGGCGCUGUCGAUCCAGGCGCACCCGGACCGGGACCUCGCCGCGGCGCUGCACGCGCUGCGCCUGGCCACGUACCGCGACGCCAACCACAAGCCCGAGAUGGCCGUCGCCGUCACCGACUUCCACGCGCUCUGCGGCUUCGCCACCACGCAGGAGCUCAAGGAAGUAUUGAGGACUGUACCUGAGGUUCAGGAAUUAGUUGGCAAAGAAGAAUCUAGGAAGCUUUUGAGUGUCAAAGGGCAGGAUGGGGGGAUUGGCGUGAGGUCGUAUCUGAAAUCUGCUUUCACCAAGUUAAUAACAGCUAGAAGUUUAACAACGAAGGAGCAACUUGUUUUAUCAUUGGAGAAGCAGUACCCAGGAGAUGUUGGUGUACUGGCAGCGUUCUUCCUAAAUUUUGUUAAGCUCAAUCCUGGUGAAGCACUUUAUGUUGGUGCGAAUGAACCUCAUGCAUAUCUCUCAGGGGAGUGCAUUGAAUGUAUGGCCACUUCAGACAACGUGAAGCACUUGUGA